AUGGCUACACAUAGGAACGCCAUGGUGGAGGAAGUUUGGGACCAGAAUUUCAGUCAGGGAGGAAAUUUGCUCCAUGUCCUAAGGGGCUACAGGCUAACUUUGGAGGAUGACUCAGUCUCUCGGAAUGGUGGAAGAAACAAGUAUUUUGGAGUUAAGGAAGCGUAUAGUUUACUAGUUAACCCCAAUGACACCGCCUUCCCGAAGAAUUGCAUAUGGGUGGAUAGAGUUCCUACCAAAAUAGAAUUUGUUUAUGAAGAUGGUAAGGCUGUCUUUCAAGAUGGAUCCUCAGUUCAUGCAGAUACCAUUUUUUAUUGUACUGAGUACAAAUACCAUUUUCCAUUUAUUGAAACAAAUGGAAUUGUAACCAUUGAUGACGAUAACCGUGUUGGGCCACUGUAUAAACAUGUCUUCCCUCCGCACUUAGCUCCUUGGCUCUCUUUCAUUGGAAUGCCUAAGCAGGAUACACCAUUUCUGACAACCGAGUUACAAUCCAAGUGGUUGGCUCAUGUUUUAUCUGGUAAGGUGUUGCUGCCAACAGAAGAGGAGAUGAUGUCUGAUGUCGAAAAUUACUAUCAUCAUAUGGAGGAAACUGGAGUGCCCAAGAGCUUCACCCAUGUCCUUCCCCCCAAUGAGAUUGAGUACAGGAAUUGGCUACUGGCUCAGGUGGAAAUGCCACCAUUGAAGGAGUGGAGAGGAAGAAUGUACAGGGAGUGUGUCAAGUUUGCAAAUGCCAAGCCAGAUGGGUACAGGGAUCAAUGGGAUGAUGAUUAUUGGGAUGCAGUCAUCGCAUCACAGGAAGUAAACCAUCUGGCAAAUGGAGAAGAUGUUGGGGUGGAGAAGAUGUUGGGGUUGCUGAAGAUGUAG